AAUCCGUAGAAGAAGAACGCUGGCCUCUAUGAAAUGACGAAGACCAAUCAGAUUCUUAAAUACUCGGAAAUAACGCCAGUUUAAAUUCUGGGCGCUGUUGAGUUUGGUACGGGUAAAAGCUUUUUAAGAAGGCGCUAUCAUGGAGAACAGCCUGUCCCGACUUCUCGUUGGACUCUCUGUCCAGAUCAGCCGCAGUGAUGGUCGAGUCCAUUCGGCCACGGUGAAAUCCGUUGACAAGUCCACAGUUAUGGUUGAGUGGCAUGAGAGGAACAUGUGCCGUGGAAAGGGGAUUGAUCUAAGUGAGUUAUGUAUACUCAAUCCAGAGGUUUUGGACCCUAUAAAUUCAAUCACAAGCUCAACUCCUGACCCACCGACUCAUGUUCCAGAAAAGAAAUACGAGGGUCGACUGCGCUCCUCUAGGAUUCCUGCACCUUCCUCCUUUGCUACUCGGUCCCAGGCUCGGCAGACAUGUAUGUUUCAGGCCCCAGGUUCUGUUCAAGGACCAGUCUCAGCUACAGAAUCAUUUUCAGCUAACCCAGAAACCAUACAUCCCGAUCUACCCCCAUCAUCAGUCCUCAAAAACUCUGUAAUUCCGAAUCAGCAGCGUAAAAGGAAUGAUACACAACCAGCGACUUUGCAGCCUUUUGUUCCUGAGGCCAUAAAGCAAAAUGAUGAACCUGAGAAAAUGCCUCCUCCAUCCACAGUUAGAGGCAGAAGGAAAUCUGUGGCUCCCGUGGAGUUGAACAAAGGCAAUAAAAGGCUCUCUUGUGUUAUAAAGCCCCCAGAUAUGCAAACCAAGAGGGGCAAGUUUCUGGAAGGUUCCCGGCCCAACCAGAAGUUCUUUGAGAUGAUUCAGGAUUUCAGAGCGACUUUGGAAAUCACACCCUUAUCAACUACUGAAACGAUUGAGCCCCAAAGGAUUUGUGUGUGCGUUCGCAAGCGGCCCUUUAACAAGCAGGAGAUUAAUAAAAAGGAGAUUGAUGUGGUGUCUGUACCUGGGAAAGGUGCGUUACUGGUCCAUGAGCCAAAACACAAGGUGGACCUCACCAAGUACUUGGACAAUCAAGUCUUCCACUUUGACUACUCCUUUGAUGAGACCGCCACCAAUGAACUUGUCUACAAGUUCACAGCUAAACCUUUAGUCCAGUCCAUUUUUGAAGGUGGUAUGGCAACAUGUUUUGCCUAUGGCCAGACAGGAAGUGGUAAGACUCAUACAAUGGGAGGUGAUUUCACAGGGAAGCAGCAGAACAGUGCUAAAGGCAUCUACGCAUUAGCAGCCCAGGAUGUUUUUGCCUACCUCCACCACAGGAGGUAUGCUAAUUUGGAUCUCUCUGCCUACGUCAGCUUCUUUGAGAUUUACAAUGGCAAGGUGUAUGACCUGCUGCAUAAGAAGGCCAAGCUGCGUGUUUUGGAAGAUGAACGACAACAGGUUCAGGUGGUCGGCCUCGAAGAGAUCUAUGUGACCUCAGCAGAGGAGGUCAUCAAGAUGAUACAGAUUGGCAGUUCGUGCAGAACGUCGGGCCAAACCUCAGCCAAUGCCAACUCAUCCCGCUCUCAUGCAAUCCUUCAAAUUGUUCUUCGGCGCAAUGACCGUGCUACCACGCUGUACGGCAAGUUUUCACUGGUCGAUUUGGCUGGCAAUGAGCGUGGUACAGAUGUCAGCAGCAAUGACCGGAGUACUUUAGUUGAAACUGCCGAGAUCAAUCGCAGCCUUCUGGCUCUCAAGGAGUGUAUCCGUUCACUGGGAAAGAACAGUGAUCACAUUCCUUUCCGAAUGAGCACUUUGACCAAAGUCCUCAGGGAUUCUUUCAUUGGAGAGAAGUCCAGGACCUGCAUGAUUGCUAUGGUGUCUCCAGGUAUGACCUCAUGUGAAUAUACAAUGAACACAUUGCGCUAUGCUGAUAGAGUGAAGGAACUUAAUGGCAAUUCCAAAGCCAGUGAAGCACCUAAGACACAGGAGCCAAUGAAUAGCUCCUCAGAAGAGGAAUCAGUUUUGGAUACCAGUGUGUAUGAUGCCAUAUCUCAGGUGGCUGCGCUGGAGGAGAAAGUUUAUUCAGAGCUCAAGAGGGCAGGUGACCUCGUACAAGAAAUGGGCCAAAUCUCAUACAACAUCGAGGAAGGACUCCCCAAUCUGGUUGAUCAUUCCAAAAAGUUAUUGGGUUUGUACCAACCAAAAUAUUGCUUGAUUUGUUUUGUUAAUGUAAUGUACUAAAUCUGCUUGCUCAUUACACAAAACUUUACCCCUUCUAACACAGCUCCAGCCUUUAUUCUUUUGUUU